AUGUCGAAGCUCGGGAAUCGUUUGAUAACCACGAUGCUAAAGAAUGAGAAGUUGGCUGAGAAAGAACUGGACAAAAAAAUGAAAGCUAUCAAAUAUUCGGAGCGAAAGUCUAUGGUGAAAAUAUGUGAAACUUCUCUUGACAUGAAGUACGAUAUGAGGAGAAAACGAAACACGCAAGAUAUGGAGGAACAAAUUGCUAGUGAUUCAUUAAAUGCUACUUUUGGUCAAGGAAGGGUGUUGCGUUCGCCCAGCAUAUCUCGGAGGGGGAGCUACGCACCCAUUUCACCAAAGCAAGACGAUGCAGACGAGACGGCGUCUGUUUUAAGUCUGUCAAGUAAACGAAGUUCUACAGGUGAAGCGCCGGAAAUUUUGAUCAAUAACGAGAGGAAGGAGACUGACUCUGACUUUGAUCCAGAGAGCAGGCGGUCAUCUGUUGCAAGUCAAUCCUCGGAUGCGCCUCUAAGUGAUGUGCCAGCUCCCGCGGACGAACCGCCUGCCAUCGACGACGCAGAAGCUCAAAAGAUGCUGAACGCGUUUUCUCAAAGCACGCGUGGUUCUCAUCGGCGACGUACUGCGCCGGAAAUCACAGAUCUCUCACCAAAGCUGCUUAUUCAGUUAGCGAAAAGUUCGGCAGAGGUGAGAAGACGUGGAUCUACAAUGGACGGGACGGAGGGAGAAAUGUUGGAACCAACUCCACCAGCGUCCACUAAAAGACGUGGAUCAGCAACAGCUGAAUUGAUGCAAUCAAAGGCAGAGGCAGAAAGUGCAGAGGGAUCUGUAUCAAGUUCACCCAUACUGCGGAGACGGGGUUCUGCUGCAGUGGGUAAUUCUUCUCCACAAUCUCCGAAUCUUCGUAGACGUGGAUCUGCUGCAAUUACCAAAUCCAAAAAUGUGAUUUCUCUUGAAUUAAACGAAGCUCAUCUCAGGGGAAAAAUUUCGGAGCAAGCUCCGCUUCCGCCGCGACUGAAACAGCCCCUUUCUCCAUUACUCGGAAGGAGAGGCUCUGGUGUUGCGGCUUCUCUCCGUCCCACAUCAGGAAGGUCGUCGCCAAAGGGAUCACACACAGAUUCCGCUUCAGAACAGAUGCUGCCAGAAUUGAACAAUGGGUCUCCCGCCAGGAUGCGGCGGUCACUGAGUCCAGGACGACAACCUUCUUCCAUAAAUCGUCCUUCCACCGCUAGGUCAUUGUCUUCACUAUCUGCAGAUAGUGCACUGGCAGAUAUUCAGUUGGAGGCUUCAUCACCUCCUGGCGAAUACGACCUUACUCGGCGACGUGGCUCCAGGCCUGGAUCUGCAAGGAGUUGUUAUUCCAUGCCUCCAGGAGGGCUUCUCCUUCCAAUCGACAGGUCAUCUUUAGCUAGCCGCCGAGGUUCAGAUUUCACCCAAAUUGACCUAAACACUCUGUCACCCUCCUCACCUCUCCGAAAGGCCAUGGAAGACCCUCAAGCGACACUGAAUCCUGCUCCAGUGUCACCGAUUGUGUAUCGGAGACAUUCAGGAACAGUGGAGGCUCUGCAAGAUCGUGUUGAUGACUUCUUAAAAACAUUGGCAGCAAAAAGUAGUUGAAAUAUUUUGAUCCUGAUACACGUAAUGAUUUGGAGUGACAUUCAAGCUCACAGUAUUGUUCAGAAGUUUAUUCCAUGAUACUCAAUUUCUGCCUUUUUUUUUAAUUGUCUCAGACCAGAUAAGUUAACAAUCGCUAAUUUUUCAGUGCAUUUUCUGUUUGGAUUUCUGAAACUGAGCUAUGAGCAAAUACGCAUUCGCUAAAAAUUGUGCAAGCGAACAUAUGUCGUCGUAAAAAUUCAUGUCGUCAUGUCGAAGAAACUACGAUGCUACAUGUCCGUGAUAUACAUUAACUUUCACAAAGUUCAUUGUUCCAAGAAUUAUUGAUAUUGUGAACGCUCCCGUAGAAUUACACGUCAUUAUAACUCUUUGUACGAUGGGAAAGUUUGGCGUCUAUUCGUUUUCUAUCUGGUAUUUAAGAAUGCAUUCAUGUAAUUGUUCGUAAGAAUUAAUGGCCAUGCAAUUAUCGGAUAAGUUUGACCGCGUAAAAUAGAAUUUCUUGUAACCAAUCAGAGUUGGUAUCGCCGCGCGUCGAGAUCAUUUUUCGUUGACAAAUAUUAGGAGGUUCACCCGUGAGUACCAUUUUAUUAUUUGAGAAACUUAUCAAGAUUUUCCUUCGAUACUCCAAGGUGCUAGUUGUUAGCUCUGGUCGCGCGAGGCCUGGAACUCGCUUUACUGAGAAUUUACACCGGCAUAACACAUCGCUUAAACGUCUGCGCACGUGCGAACGUUGUGAUGACUAGGUGACGUGCUUUCAGGCUACCAAAACCAAGUUGUCUUACAAGAGUUAUGAGCAACAACGCAAGUCAGUAAGUCACGUUGUUUUAGAAACGUACAAAAUUUUUGAUAAAGCUCAAAACAGAAUGGUAAUUCAAUAGGGUGCUCGUACUUGAAUAAACUUUGUGUUCGAAAGGUCUCGAGUUUUGCUUCUCCCCACUUUUAUUUUUUUUACGUUUCAAUUUACUUCGGUUUAUUUUGCGAGACAGUAGUAUUUUCUUUUGUUUUGCGGGGAAAUUUCCGCACGGGCGCCUAAAAAUUGAUACCCCUGCGCAUGCCCCCAUUUGACCACUGAGUUUGUUUUUACCAUACGAAAUCAACUUGAAUGAAUAACUUAUCAAAUGAAGGCGUGGCCUAUUCAACGAUCGUGGACCCUGGGUACAAUCCAACUGGAAAAUCAUACCUCGGACUUUGGUCACGUAAAUUCCAUUUCAAUUUCAGAGUGAAAUCGAAGCUGUCCAUUUCCAUCUUCCUUCUGCACUCCGACCGAAGUUCGUAUUUGGCAGGGACGCGUUCUACCUUGGGUAAGUAACCGUUUUCUUUUUUAGGUGAAGUAGACAACAAUAUUAUUCUUUUGUUGUCUAGUCUAGUCAAAAAUUAAAUAUUGUGGUAGCAUUUAUCUUGGGGAAAGGUUGCCUGGUACGUGAUAAUCAUUUUUUCUCUAUCACCGUUGCAAGUUCUUACAUCCUUUUUUCGAGGAGCGGGAAAAUGGCUGGGAUUUUAGAAUUAUCUCAGUUUAUAUCACUCAAUAUUGAAAUAAUGUGAUAAUUUUUUUCAUCUUUCCGGUCGUACUACCACGUUUUGUUUAGAAAAAACUAAAAUUUUUUUUUAACCUCUUGUGGUUUAAAAUUCGAUCAGUGAAAUUGUGAUUUUUUUUGCUAGAGUGUGAUAUCGUUGCCUUUCAGCUUUGCGUUAGAGGAGAUCGAAACUGAAAUAGAUUCUUGUUUUUCGGAUGAAGCACAUCAGGGAUUCUUUUGUUGCUUGCAGCUGCAGCUUCAUGAUCAUGGCCGGAAUAUUACAGGAAAAUUUGCUCUCACCAAGAAACAGUGAAAUUAAAAAUUUAAAUGAAUUAAACUCCAAAUCAAAUGGCUUCGUUUUGAUCCUUGCAUUUUAUUCUCCGCGUGUGGUCCAUUUAAAUACAAAGACAUAAUUCAUUUGGAACCUCAUAGCAAAAAAAAAAAAAAAGGCGGUUUCCGGAAUCAGUUUUGAAUAAGUAAGGGACUAAAGUCCUUGUGUCAGAUGCCGUUUACAAUUAAAUAUUCUGCGGAUGCAAUAUAAGGAAACCAUCCAAUGAAACCAGAGUUACUUGAAUUACAAUAAGUUCACUUCAUUGUGGACGGUUUAAAUUGUGGCAUUUUGACACCCGGUGCAAUCAACUAGGGCGAUAAAUUAAAUUUGUUUCCUCCUUUCUUUUUACCUUCAACGCCUUAUGUAAAAGUGCUUUUAUGGACAAAGGGUAAUUUCUUUGGUCUAGAGUGCAUAAAGUUGAACAAUCGACGCCGAAAAAUCGUGAUGUUUAAAGAGAAUAGACGAAAUGAAAAUAUUAGCAUCCACAAAGAGAAACUGACUUUGAAGUUACUGGUGAAUCAGCAGAUUUCACUUUAACGGGGAUAAACAACAGAAACGUCAAAAUCUGAUAUCUGAUCUUAAAAAAUAACCUGCGAAAUAAUCAGAAGUUUUUAUUAUUUAUCUACAUAUAUUUCCGAACGAUGUAUAUUAUCUGCUGCAUUACGAGUUUCUCUACUUAGUUUAUCUCGAUAGAUUCUGUAAGAAAAAAAAAACCAAAAUGUAAGCAAAUAAAUGCAAUCUACUUCGGUUUUUAUGGCGAGAUGAACAUUUUCAGGAGCACGUCCAGCCAGCCAUGCAUACUUCGCUUGGUUUACUAUUCUUUAGGCGAAUUAGUACAAAAUUUUUUUUUUGUCGUCGUCGUAGCUCUACAAGUAAGGACUCUAUGAGGAUUUUAAGAUAUCAAAAUUUUGCUGUGAACGCAAAAGUUUUUGAGAAACUGAAUGUUUCAUUGUAGUCUUAAUUAAAAGAGUUUAGCAAAGGCAACUCCAUUUUUGAAUGUGUUAUUUCAUUGCGGUAACCUCUCUACUCAGCACCUUUCAGUGAUUAAAUCCCUCAAAGGUGUUAGCAAUGUGGCUAUAACCAAUUGCUACACUUCAGUACUAUCUCAGUUCACUGCAAUUCGACCUCGAUUUGAGGACACAAUUAAUCUGUAAAACUGUUGGAAACCACAAAUUUUACCACAUACACACACGCAGCGCCAUGUCGUUAACCAUUACAAGUGAAAGGCGUGACGGAGAUACAUUUUUAAAAUUUUUAAACCGAAGCCCUUGUGAUCAUUGCAAGUUCAGCUUGUUGAAGCAAUCCAUGUAAAUAUUUGACCGACCAUCGCUCUUUUUCACACCUAGUAUAUAAACAUAAGUAAAUUUUCCCGCUGAAUAGGAAACAGGGAAUUUGUUAUCUGACAAGUUUUAGUCAGCAUCUUAGACAAAAAGAAUGACAAGGUUUCCCUCAAUUAUGUUGUUAUGUUCAAAAGCCGUGACAUUAAUUUAAUUUUUUUUCACCGAAAAACUCCUGAAAGAAGAAAUUCUGUAGUGUAAAUAAAACUUUUGUCCUUUUUAUCUCUUUCUUUGAUGAUCUAACAAGGACACGAAAAGAAACUUUUUGUGUAAACCUUCUCUGGUAUUGACAAGUCUUUGUUUGUCGAAGUAAAUACCAACCAAUUUUUCCUUGACAAUUGCAUUUGCAAAGGCAAACUUGCUACUUUAGAUGUGGCUUUAACGAUUGCCUAUGGCGUUCCAUAGACUACAAACAUGUCACUAUGUGGUAACCUUGUGCUUUCACCGCACACUUAAGUUCGUGGUUUUAGAUCCGCCAAGGCUUUUAUUUCAAACAAAAUCGAAAACGGUUCGGACUCGAAACUUUUCGGUUUUAUGAAGCGCAACUGAUAUCUUCUCUUUAUCAAUAAUAUUCGUUAUUCAUAACAAUGCCCCCCCCCCCUCCCUCUUGCCGAAAAAUCCUCCUCAGGCCAUUUUCAUGUGACAUCGAGGUCGGUUCAUUGGUACAUGUGAGCAUCAUUACAAACAAAGGUGCGCUAACUGGCAGCCACUGUAGUUUCUUCUUCGUCGUUUGAUCUCUACUUCACAAAAGUUCCACAGCAUUUUCAGCCAGUGCGCUUGUAAGUACAGCAUCCCGAAUAGUGCUUAAUUUUAUUUCUUGCAAUAACCCUAAUUCAGGACAUUAUUUUACUCGACUCAUCGACUCGUAUGGUUUAAUUCUCAAAAUUUUGCUCCUUCCUUAAUUUUUUCAAGUCCUUCGUGGCCUGAUUACUAAGGUCAUAGUUGUCAUGACCGAAAUUCCAACAACUGGGCUGGUAAAUUUUUCGUCUGGAAACUUAACCUCGCUUACAAGACGAACAUUGAUAGUCGUGGCUUGUUCGACAUGGAACUGGAGAGAAACGGGCCGAAAUUUCCCGCAUGAGUGGCAAGUUCAGCUCGGUGAUCGGGAUGUAACCUCCCGCCUUAACAAAAUUUUAAAUUCUUCUCGCCUCCCAAAGCGUUUUACUUCUGUAGCAUUUUAAUGGUAAUGUUUAGGUUCGAGUGAGGCUUCCCAGACCCAGUAAUUAAGAUGCUACUAGAAACUGAGCACCGAAGCCUCAUCGUGGCAGCGAGGUAGAUUUUAAUCUGUUCUUUUCCUUUCCUCUUUACCAAAAUGGUUUCUUCGCAUUGCAGACUGAUCCGCGUCUUUUUUGGUUAUUUGGUUUCCCAAAGAAUAUCUUAAUAUUUCAGCACUUAUCUUAUUUUAGUUUGUAAGUUUAUCUGUGGUCGCCACGGAGUUUUUAGUCCAAAAUCGCAAACCAGGAGCCCAUUUGAACCGACGGUAAUUGGUUCAUUUUUGUUCCCAAAAAGAGUACGUUGCUGUGAUACGUAAUUGGGUCUUGAGCAAACCUCUCUCCCGUGUUGAACUUCAAAGCUAAACAGCACUCUCACUAGGCCAAAAAUAAUAAUUAAACAGACAUCAUUUGACACAAGAAGAGAAAUUCAACCAGUAAAAAUCCAUUCUCUGCUGGUGUAAAAACCAAGCUGUGAAGUUGCAGGUGAAUAGUCACUCCCAGUAAUUUAGGUGUGGUACGUUUUGACCUAACCUCGUGAUGCUCAUGACAAGGCGAAAUCUCAUGGGUGCGGUCAAAGUGAACUGCGCCUCCAAAGUCAACUGACCACCCUUGAGUAUAGGUGUGGUCAACAUAACAUCGACCCUCUGCGCCCUCCAUCACACGGGCAGGAGAAAUUCGUGCCGUAAUGUUAUAGGUGGACUGUAAGAUGAAUUUCAUUUUUUUAUAGGAUCUGAUCGGUGUGCACUGUUUACUACCUUUAUACAAUCUAUUUUCCCUUUUAGCUCUUAUGCUUAAUGAUUAUUUAGUUUACUUAGAGACUCAAACUACUUUUUCCAUAUACUUUGAUGACAAACACGGCCAACCGUGAAAACCAUGAAGACGGCCAACCGUGAAAAAUCGAGAACAUGAACUGAGCCAUAUCGAACGAAAAAUAAUUUUUUUCCGAAAUAAAUUAUCACUGAUUCUUCUCAAGAUACUUGAAUACAUCGGUUGUUCAUUUAUCGCGUGAUUCCAAAAAAUCCUAAACAUUUCUGUAACACCUGGCUAACGUCUUGUCAUUUGUUUUCAAGAGGUUUUUUCACAAGUUGUCUUCGAUAUUUAGAGAAGAGACAUUUUGUAUUGUCUAGAACUUCGUCCCGGCUUUUAAAAAUUAGGUUUCGAGAGUUUGUCUAUCGCCCCCCUUAGGGAUUUUUGCUAUCAUGGCUCGUUUCUUCGGAAACAUGAUGCAAUGUUUGGGUUGCAAAAACCGUGAGUUUUUUUAAGUGUUGAAAAGUAAAAAUUUCGGCACUUCCGAUUGAAUAUCAUAUCUGGAGAUAUAGAAAAUUCUCUCUCCCACCAAACAUCCGACAUCAUGUGAGAAUUUCACAUCAAUUAAGUCAGAGUUUAAAUUUUUCCCUAUUUUUCAGAAACAUAUGGGAAAAAUUUCAUAGAUUUAACACUCAGGAAGACAGGUUGUUCACGUGGCAACCAUAUGUAUCUAUUUACAUUCUCCAAAAGUGUUCAAAGGGCACCACAAAAGUCGACGUUUAGACCAAUCACAGAUAAGCAUUUCCUGCCGUUAAUGAAUAUUUAACCUCCUAGUGAUAGUAAAAGUGUUUCCCGCCAAGAGGUAGCUAAAAGUUUGUUUGACGGUGUUUUUGUCUAGGAAGGAAGGUUGAGGAGAUUCUGAUAUCAAAUUUCCUGUCUGGUAAGUUCCAGUGCUAGCUGUUCUGAUGCAAUGAACGAACAGAAAUUGAAGAGUUCUCAUUUGUUUCAAUUCUUUAUAUACUUCUGUCCCGAUUUCGAUCAAACUGCCUUUUUGAAUGAAAUUUUUCGUUUUCGAGCAAGACACGUGGAAACCCGAUUCUUUUCAGGAUUCAUAGAUUGACCCAGCUGAUGUAAGGUUUUAUUAUCAUUCCUUAGGAAUCUAACAAAGCACAGCCGUGUAAAAGCUCAGUCUCUUUAUAAGCUCACAACUUAA